GACAAGCAGAGGACUGCAGGGCAGCAUUCUACUGCAGCAGCAAGAGUGCAACACCCGGCAGACGGCAGCCGGGUCGGAAGCGCACGAUGCCGCCGCCACGGCGCCGCGCGGCGCUCGCGGUCGUUGUCGCUGUCGUGCUCCUCAUCGUGGCAGCCGCCGCCCACGCGCCCGGCGACGGCACAGCGGGUGAGUGCGUGGACGACGAGGGUGCGGUGGCGAGGAGGGAGCUGGGCGGGAACGGCUUCAUCGGCUACGCCGCGAUGGGCGCCGGCAACGUGCCGUGCUCGUACCGCGGCGCGUCCUACUACAACUGCCGGCCGAGCGGCGCCGCCAACCCCUACUCCCGCGGCUGCUCCGCCAUCACCCAGUGCAGGGGCUAGCGAUCGACCUGGGUCCAUGGCGCGCCAGUCUGAAUCUGAUGUCCAUGUACUUUGUUCAGUUCUUUCACCUUGUAAGACGAAGUUUCCUAGCUGUUUUUUUUCUCUCUUUUGUUUUCGCUUUUGAUUUUUGGUGUUGGUGCUCUUGUAUGUGUUCUAUAGCUGACACGG